AUGCUUCUCGCGGGAGAGCCGCACUUGCAAGCCCUGAACGUUAAAUUGCAUAUGAUCUACGGCCUUCUCUACGAUCAUUUGAAACCCUACGAAUUUAAUAUGCUCAGCACCGCAGUUGUGGGCCUGCACCCCGCUCUAGGGAUACCCCUCUUUGCGCUCCUCCUCACACGCAUACCCCGCUCGCUUUUCGUCUACGCGCUCGCAGCACAAUUCAGCCAUUACGACCUCGCCGCGUGCGCGCCCAUGUUUCUGCUUAGUACAGGACCGUCGUCGAUACUCGAGGAGUGUGCUCAGCGCACGUGCGCCGUGUACCUGAACAGGCUACUCGGGCUCCAGACGCGUCGCGUGGAGGUCAUAAAAGAGAACCUGCGCUAG